UAGUUUGCGUUCCAAAGGGAGGGAACCGCUAGAGGGCUCAGUAGGAGCAGCAGGAGUACGCCCUCACCCCGUCUCGCGCUUUGUGUAUUUCUAGAUUUUCUGUUUAAAUGUUGAUAUUGUUAGGAGAAAAUGGAUUUUGGUGAGCUAUUUGACGAACGAACGUUUCCAUUUUCGGACUUCCAGGAGUUUACGUUUCUACCUGGACACCAGCAACUGGCAGACCGUGUUCGAAAGCGUUUAUACUAUGGCCUUGAUCCGGAUAGUUCGUUGGAUACCCUGUCAUGCCCAGUAACAGACAUUGCUGUGGAGCUGCUCCAAAAAUCUGCCCCAAGCCCAAUCCGCAAACUCCAGAAGAAAUAUGCUGCCCAUGUAGCCAGGGAAGCCUGCAUUUCGCCUUGUGCGAUGAUGCUGGCCCUGGUGUACAUUGAGAGACUACGACAUAGAAACCCUGAAUACCUGCAACAGAUUUCCUCCUCAGACCUCUUUUUGAUAUCCAUGAUGGUGGCCAGUAAGUACCUGUACGAUGAAGGCGAAGAGGAGGAGGUUUUUAACGACGAAUGGGGAGCCGCGGGGAAACUGGACGUGCAGACUGUCAACAACCUGGAGAUGAACUUCCUCAAUGCUAUUGAAUGGAGCCUGUACACGGACCCCAGUGAGUUGUUUGACAUCCUGACUCAACUAGAAGCAAGCAUUGCAGAGCGGCAGGGCAUAAAGCGAGGCUGGUUCACCUACACGGACCUGUGCGUGCUGUUGGAGCAGUCGUCAUGGCGACAGGCUCUGGCUGCCAUCUACCAACACUUUGCCAAGGUGGCCUGCAUGCUGGGCCUCCUGUACCUGACCAGCGUGGCCAGUCUGAUCGCCGUGUCCGCCGUUCUCCACCAGCUCAGCACCAGCGCCAUCUCCAGCUCCGCCCGCGUCGCCGUCGUGCGCCUCCCGGACUCCCCGCUCCUCGUCCCCGCCGCGUCGCCUGCCGGCCACCCCAACUGUUGCGUCCCGGACAACAACAACGAGAGCCAGGGCCUCCACGAGCACCAGCCCGACCCCUCCGACCCCUCGCCUUUCCCCAUCCUCUCCUACACCCGCCCGGCUGCUGCGCUCUCCCCCAGCUCGGUGCUCUGUUUCUGGGACUCGCUUCUCUCCUCUCUGGCCCUCUCUGAUCCAGCUCUGCCUCCCCUGCCGGACUCCCAGGCCGCGUUCCCCUCCUUCCCGCUCGCUGCGGGCUGCACAGACCAGCAGCACCCCUUUCAGUGUGGCACUGCCCAGAACGCGACAGCCUCCCACUGCGGCCGCUGGAACCCCUCGGCGCUCCUGGGUCCCUGGUUCCCCCCUCCGGCCCUGCUCAGCGGCUCCCCACUGGCCCAGAACCCGCCCCACCAAAGCAGAUGGGUGUCCCUGUCGGGGCACACGUGCUGCCCGCACACCUCGCUGCCCUUUGGGAAGGUCCCAGCCCUGCUUGUCCCGGGUUAGGCAGGGCGUCGUCAGCCACUUCCUCACCUUACCGAAGAGAGGCUUUCCACAGAAUCUAAACCAGCGCAAUUGCAUUUCUCCCCUCCCUGCGCCAUGUCUCCUAAAAACCAUACGGCCUCCUUGUCGCCUUCAGCUGCGGAAUUCAACUUACGACACAACCAUCCUUGAUAAAAUGAUAGUGCUCCCUAUUUUGGCCCUCGAUUUUCAGUCAUUUAUUUUCUAAAAUGUUUGCGUGCAAGGCAAAGGGCCUAGUCACGUGUCCGCUCCCUUGUCGAAAUUGAAGUGGCGUGAUGGAUUAUAUUAAAUGAAGUUCAGCAGGAAGCUUUGUAGCUCAGAAAUACUGCAGGAUGUGGAGAGCUCUAGCAGGUAGUGGAAGACUUGUUGACCAGUGUCUGUUCUGGUGUUAUAAGGAACAGUGGUGGUUUUGCUGUGUGUGCGCGUGCGUUUGUGUGCGUGUGUGUUUGUGUGCGUGUGUGUGAGAAUGAGCUUGCGCUUUGCUUUGUUAGCUCAGCUUCUUGAGGGGUGGUUUGAUGCUUUGAGUUAACGGGGCAUUUGUGUUUGAGUGCUUGGCCACCACUUUAGAGUGUUUCGUUCAUUAAACCAGUUUGACAGAGAGAGAGAGAGAGAGACUUUGGAGUGAUUUGUAAUUAAUAAAAAAAAGGUGUGUGUUCUCGGGAGUUCCCGGAGGCCUAGCUUUGCUCCCGCAGUUUAGGCUCUCGGGUGAUGAGUGAGAUCAGAUAGGGCAGAGAGGGUUUUCAUUAAGUUUACUUUAUUGAAGGUGUUUUCCAAGGUUUGCCUUAACCCAGUUCAGCUAUUGGCAUAUCCUGAUCCAUGUUCAGCUAGCAGUGAAGUUGAAUCUUUUGUAAAAAGGGAUGACGUGUGAAUGAGUAUGCUGUGAAAGACUAUUUUGGAAAUCUUAGUUCAAAAUGAUGGUAAAAGAAAUAGAUUACAUAGUCGGCUCCAACAGGAAUAGAUAACCUUUCGCCAUUUUGUUUUCUAGUCACCCCCCCCCCAGGUGUAUGAAUAAGCACUUGUAUAUGUGGUUGUACAGAAACAUGAGACAAUGUUGCUCAAUCCCAUAGAGAGAACAAAGAAGAAAUACUGCUGAGUUGGAGCAAGGGGCAGUUCUUUUUUUUUUCCAAUACCAAUGUGGAAGUUGUAGUCAGAGCACAGUUCAGUUCGGGCCGAUGCGCUACUCUGUGGGGGAUUCUGUCCACCACUUCAUUUUGUAGAUAAACUUCACACAUCCUUCUUGGAAGGUAAUUUCAUAAGUGGACAGUUCCCAAGUUCAAACGUUAGUUUGUUGCACAGUGUUGAGCUUCCAUUCAUUCGUUGCAUCAGAGACCAACACGAGGACUUAACAGAAAACCGCGUCUGUUAAACUUGAUCUUUUUCACAUGACAUGGAUGUAUAGGUGUAUAAAGAAAAACAUUUAAAGAUUGGUCAGGAGGGGAGAACAACUUGUUUACAAAAAAAUAAUAAGAUCCGCCUCAUUUAUAGUUCUUUUUUCACAGAUCCGUGACCGAUGGGAUAAUGCAACAUUUUAUUAAUGUAAUUUGAAUAUUUUUUUACACUUAUUUAGCAUUUUGCCAACCAACAUCCACUGCACUGAACUCAGAAACAUAACAAAAAUGCCCAUGUUACUGGUGUCUGUUAGCAUCCGAAGUACCUCAGUAUGGUAUGUCUGGUCAUCUCCAGCAUUGAAUCUUCACAUACCAGACUUCAACCGAAAAUGUUAAGAUUGCUUUUUCCCAUGUUUAUAAGGCAUUCUGUGGACGUAAGGAUCCAUCUAAGUUGGAUUUCAAGCAACAGAGCUCAUACAGCAGCAGAUCUUGUUCUCUUUUCUCCCUAGAUCUGAUAAGGUAAUAUCAGUUGAACCAUACCUCAGUUGACCUCUUUUAAAUUAUAGCUAUUCAGUUUUGGAAACAAGAUCAUCUGAACACAUUUGACUUCAAGUUGCUUUAACGUGUGCACUGUGCAUUGAUGUAUUUAUGUUCAUGCUUGGCAACCUCGUAUUUGCUAACGCUGUCCCCUGAUCACCUUACAAGGGUGUAAACACUCUGAGAGAAGGCUUUUGUUUUCUUAUUCGUGUGUGGACUGGAGUCAUGUGAACCAGGAGAGGUCUCAUCUCACUGUUGUCACUCCGGCUCCAGUACGGCCACACAGGGAUGUGGCACAGACCAGCAGAAUCUGCACGUACAUAGGUCAGUCACAAUGGGUUUAGAGACCCAAUGCACACAUAGACACACAUACACAAACGCACGGGCACACACACACACACACACACUCAAAAGACUUCUGCUGUAGUCCCAUGCCACCCAUCAUAAUUUGGAUUGUUUCCGUCUGUAUCCUUGACGUUAUGUUCAAAGGAGCAUUUUUGGUUCAAAUGUGCCAUUCCAGAGUCUGUGACGAAGCUGGCCGUUACUGCCAGCCAUUUAUUAAGGGUGCACAGUAUCCUGUAGAUAAUAUGUAAAAAGCGCUCAAACAUCUGUAAUAAAGCAGCAAUUUCAAAGUUCAAA